UGAGAGAGAGACGCAAACUUUAAAUAUAAACCAGGCGUCAGGAUUGGGAUGACACCCACCACCACCUGUAUACCUGGUGAGGGAGAUAACAUCUUGCCACCAACUUGCUGUCGAAGGAUGAUUUCAUCUCUCAACACUCAUCUCAAGAAUGAACGACCGCAGCUGAGCCUCUCUGCUUUAUAUUAACAACAGGACUAAUUUCUAUAAAUGUCAAGGUGUGUGCAGUAGCCGUGUUCACCUUGAGGCUGCUGUUUGCGCACCUCGGGGCGCCGGUUCACACUCCAGGCAGUGUAUCGUGAUGUCAGUGACGACAAUUAAAAUAUUUUAAGUAUUUUACUUCCUUCUUCACCCUCGCUAUAAGAGAGAGGUCCUGGUCCAUUGUCUCUCUGAGCCACAGCGAGUGAUCCCAGCGAAGUAAUGGGUCAUGGCGAGCGCGACUCCCAGUGAGAGUGUGGAUAGUGAGCUCAGCUGCUCCAUCUGCCUGGACACAUUCGUGUGCCCCUCCACGCUGAGCUGCGGACACUCGUUCUGCCUGCGGUGCCUGGAGGCCGCCUGGGAGACGGCGAGCAGCUUCAGCUGCCCACAGUGCCGAGCGACCUUCCCUGUGCGACCCCAGCUGAGGAGGAACGUGGCCCUCGCCAACCUGGCGGACCAGCUCAGAGUUGGAGACAGGAUGGCCACGGCAGUCGUGUGUGACAACUGCGCUGAUGGCCAAACUCCUGCAGUGAAGACCUGCGUGAGAUGCGAGACGUCCUACUGUGCGACGCACUUGAAGCCUCACUUGGAGAAUCCCAGGUUUACACAACACCUCCUGGUAGCUCCCAUCGCGUACCUGGAGGAGCGACGGUGCCGGGAGCACAGCAAGGAGCUGAAAUUCUACUGCACAGUAGACAGCAGCCUGGUCUGCUCAACUUGCAGCACCGCAAGUGAACACAUAGGACACAAGGUCCUGACGCUGAAGAACGAGCACGAGACACGGAAGGAAUCGGUAGCCGGGAUCAGAGGUCGCAUCACGGGCAAGUUCGCCCGCCUAAGGAAGGCUCUGGACGAGGACGAGAGGGAGGCUCUACGUCGCGUGGCCGUGAAGGAGCGCGAGCUCCUGUCCCGGAUUGAGGAGGACAUCGCUCGUCACAAGCGAGAGAUCAGCGAGCUCCAGGCAGCGGCCGCUCGCCUGCGCGCCCUGCAGCACGAGACGGACUCGCUCACCUUCCUGCAGGGGCACUUGGACGAGACGCGCAGGAGAGAGAUCCCAAAGGAAUAUGCACCCCCACCUCCCACUUCACUGGACGCCACCACGGUCCUCUCCCUUGAAAGGGUCGUGAACAGAUUCCUGCCUCUCGUCUAUGGACGCUCACCGACUCUGGACACAAACUCAGCCCACGACCACCUCCAGAUUUCUUCGGAUCGCAGGACAGCAACGUGGAGCGGUGUCCCCCAGCGUCGCCCCCAUCACCCACACCGCUUUGAUGUCUGGGACCAAGCGCUGUGCUCUGAGAGCUUUUCGUCGGGUCAGCACUACUGGGAGGUGGACGUGGGGAGCGCGGGGCGGUGGUGUCGGGUCGGAGUCGCAUACGUGACGAUCCCACGGAGAGGGAAUGGUGCUGAGUGCCGCCUGGGAGAGAGUGACGUCUCCUGGUGCCGACGGAAAGAUGGCGACAGCUUCUCAGUGUGGCAUGGCGGGGUAGAGACGUCACUGUCGGUGCUGGAGCCUCCGCGGAGAGUCGGGGUCCAUCUGGAUUGGGAUGCAGGGCUGCUGUCGUUUUACAGCGCCGACUCCAUGUUGCCAUUACACUCGUUUCACCAAACCUUCGCUCAGCCACUAUAUCCUGGGCUGCUGGUGGGGUGGGUAAAGUUGGUGCCUCAGUGAGGAUUGUGGAUCUGAGUGGUGCGUGCUGAGAUAGGUGAACGUGCCAUGCCCGUGACUUGCUGGUGACUGUCAUGUGACUGUAGUGUAGGGGUAAAGUGAUUAGCAAUGAAUUUUGAUUUAAAGCUUUCGUGACUGCAGUAAUUCAUAUUCUUUGCUCUUUCGGUAAAGUCACGUUGAAG